CCUAUUUUUCUCCAUCUUCCUCCUUUUGCUUCCCCUCGAAGGCUCUAUCGCCUCUCGUUCCUUCUUCUGAUCGCCGCGUGUUGAUCCCGAUUUCGGUCAUUUCGUUUCGGAAUCUCAACGCCAGGAAGGAGAAGCCUCGGUCCGCGGUGUCCAUGGCGCAGGUAUUGUCUCAGAGGAGCUUCCUUUCGCCGUGCGGCGGCCGCCGUCCAUUUUCGUGUUCUUUGGCGAGGAGGAAAAGCCCGGGCUUCGUGAUGCUUCGCCGAGUUUCUUCUCUAAGGAUCGAUACCUUGAGGUUGGUUUCUCGUAGCGGUGGUUUCCAUGUGCGGAGACUUCAUGUUGGGUCUCCGCGGCGGAAGACCUCUCGGGGUUUCCUCUCUGCGAUUUCUGUGCAGAUGACUCUUUCCUUCGGGAAAUCUCAGAAAUGGUGGGAAAAGGGUCUCCAACCAAACAUGAAGGAGAUCGAGUCGGCUCACGAUCUUGCCAACUCCUUAUUGAACGCAGGCGACAAACUUGUCAUCGUAGAUUUCUUCUCCCCUGGAUGCGGAGGCUGCAGGGCCCUUUAUCCAAAGAUCUGUCAGAUUGCAGAGAUGAAUCCUAACGUCCAAUUUCUUCAAAUAAACUACGAGAAGCACAAGUCCAUGUGCUACACCUUGAAUGUCCAUGUCCUCCCCUUCUUUAGGUUUUACCGUGGAGCACAGGGUCGACUCUGCAGCUUUAGCUGCACCAAUGCAACUAUUAAGAAGUUUAAAGAUGCAUUGACCAUGCACAGCACGGAUUGGUGCAGUCUUGGGCCAGCAAAGGGUUUGGACGAAUCAGAACUACUGGCUCUGGCUGCAAACAAGGAUCUCUCCUUCAGUUUCACUAAAAAUCCAGUUCCUGUUCCAAAUCCUGAUGAAAAUUCUACAAACCCUAAUAUUAUUGUGCCCACAGUCAAUGGAGGCAUUGAAGACUCUGAAGAGGAGGCCCGACUUGCCACGGCAGAGAGAUGAACUGUAGACGACUUACUGCCAUUUCCAUGUUUAUGGUAGCUGUAAGGAUCUCACUCAUGUCCAAGCAUUACUUGUUUGUGUCAUUGUGUGUACCAUAGUUGUUGGAAGAUGGAAGAAAAAAAAAGGAGGAACUUAACAUAUUUGCAUAUACAUAUCUAUGUAUAUAAUCUUGAGAGACUAGUUCUAUGUGUUCUUUAAGGCAUAGUGCUGUUUCUAUGUGGUAUUGUAUCAUCUGAUACUAUUGAUUCAAAUAUAAUGUUUGAUUCUGAUAAA